GUUGAACUGUUAAAACAGCUUGUCAAAACUUUAUUUUAAUAGAUUUUCAAUAUUAAAAAUAUAAACAAAUAUAAUACUUAGGUACUAGGUGGCCAGCAUCUAAAUAGAUAGUGUUUAAUAAAUUAUUUACUAUAUAAAAACCUGCUAUAUGGCUGACAAGAAAAAGAAAAUGUUCCCAUCCAAAGAGUCUACAAUACCAAGGAGGCCUGUUAUUUUGAAAUCCGAUCGAGAGGUGCCCAAGGAACAAUACAAAGAUAAACCAGAGAAAGAAAAACAGCCGACUAUUAUUUUGAAAACGAGAGAACAAAGCGCCGCCAAAGAAGACCGUCCUGUGAGCCCAAAAAAUCAAGUAACACCAACCUCCGAUGAGCCCCAUAUUAGUAAGAUCGUUCAAAAUGAGCAUAAAGAUAAAAAACAUGCAGAACACAAGAUAAGUCCACCAUUAAAACAGAUGACGGAAGCUAUAAAAUUACUGGAUGAAAAUAUGGAAUUCAACAAUGCAGCUUUGGAAUUUCUACACGACUCCAGCACUAAUUAUCUUGUUGUUGGAAUCAUAGGCACGCAAGGCGUAGGCAAGUCAAUGAUAUUGAAUCUAAUAGCGCAGAGCACGCAUUCUCAAAGUGCGUUCAUACAGAAGUUGCACGCACUGGCCGCGUCCUCUCACGACACCUACCAAAGUAAUAUCGCAGCGUUGGAAGGCCAAAUGAGAGAUUUAGACCUCGCCGGUGGACAAGAUGAUGCACAGAGGAGUGAUGAUUGCUUCAAAUUCAAAAUACAAGAUAUUGAGCACAUCGAAAGAGGUGUUCAUUGCACUAAAGGCAUAGAUAUGUACAUAACAAAUGACCGUGUAAUACUCCUCGACUGCCAAGCUCUAUGGUCGCCAUCGCUCAUAGAGGAGAACACAAAUCCUGUUACGGCUAGGAGUGCCAAUGUGGUGAUAGUUGAUUGCCUCCAAAUUGCGUCCUACCUGAUGGCUAUUUGCCACGUAUUGAUCGCUGUUCAGGACUGGUUCACCGACUAUAAUUUUAUAAGAUACAUCCAAGCAGCUGAAAUGCUAAAACCUUCCCUCUCGGCUUCCAACACUGUGACCAGCCAGGAAGGUGCAGAGUCCACCGGCGGAGGUGAGAGCCACCCACACUUACUGUUGCUCCAUAAUCGGUGUCAACUGGAGGAUUUCACCAUUGAAGCUGUGAAGACGAUGCAGGAUGUUUACAGAAAGGCGUUCCAAAAAUCCAAUUUACAAUUAAACUCAGGCAUGUAUAUGUACAGUGACACAAACAAGAACGGUCUAAAUGUUGACAACGUGUGCAAGGGAUACAGUGUGGAUGCUUGCGGCACACCGAUCAAUCUGUUUUUAUUACCGGAGCUCUAUGAAGACUACGACAACAAAGAAAUCUAUCGGGGCCAUCCACCAUUUGAGCAAUUAGCGAAACGACUUCGCUGGAUGAUUUUAGGUGUCAAUAGACACCAAAUAACAAACGUUGCUAACCUCUCUGAGAGAGGAUGGUUCCAUUACUGCAAUAAGGCAUGGGAGACUAUAAGAAAAUGCACGUUUUUCAUGGAAUACGAGCGGUUUUUACCUUGAAAACGACUAAUCCCGAACGAGGAUUAUAGAUACUGAAGAAUAAAGAUAUGGCGCCGGUGUCAAACACCUGCAUCUUAUCACGAGAGAUAAAGGCGUCUGUAUGAAGGACUAGGUUUAUUUUAUUCAAAUUAAAAAUUAUACAUUGAUUAUUGGACCCAAUAAACAUUAUUAUUA